UUCACUCAGUUACGUCGCCUUCGUGCUUCGCAGGCUAGCUUACCCAUUGCCGAAAAACGUGCCGAAAUUUUACAAACACUUCAAAAUGUUCCGCAAUAUCUUCUCGACGCUGGAUAUGAUCGUAUUGCAUGCACACAACCACGUCGAAUUGCGGCAACAGCGCUUGCGCGACGUGUUGCAUACGAAACACUGAAUGAAUAUGGCAGCAAAAUUGCCUAUCAAAUAAGAUUCGAAAGAACCCGUACAAUGAAAACUCGUCUA